UUGACAGUUAACCUCAAUCCUUUGGCAUCUUUCCUAAAUAUUUUUAUUUGGAAAUUUUGUAAAUUAAUUUACUACCAUGUCUUGUUUCACAAUGAUGUAUAGAGUUCUUUUUUGAGAUUUCAACUAGGAAAAUAUCAAUUGGGCGUUAUGUUCUUAUUCCUUUGGACGUUGGUUCUAUAUUAACCAAUUGUUAAUUUGUAUAAGUAUUUCAAUGGAAAAAGGAAGCAAUAGUCUUCUCUGGGAAAAAUUAGUGGAACAAUGAAAUUUCAUAGAAAUAUUAUACAUUAUGGUUUAGUGCCUCAUAAUAUUGGAUAAUGGUUUUCCCUGAAUUGAAUAGCACAAGAUUUCUACCUCUCGAUGAAAAUUCAAUGAAUGCCUUCUUAGCCUAGUAAUGGAAGUUAUAGUAUCCAGGAAAAUCAUUUUGGCUCUCUUUUUGUUAACAAUAAUAUCUUUCUACAUCACGUUUACCUUCAAUAGCUGCCUAGUUAAGAGUAUAAGCAAGUCAAUUCCACGGUGGAACCCAAUUGUUAUAGAUCAAAAUUCUUUGGACCAUUAUGCAACAAAUGUUCGGCUUGUUCCACUUCUAGAAAGCAAUGAAACAGACAUAUCUUCGAAAUAUAAAUAUUUUCAAGACCAAGGUAUGAGGCAAUUACCUAGUGCCCUGAUAAUUGGAGUUAAAAAAGGGGGUACAAGGGCAUUAUUAGAAUUCAUUAGAAUACAUCCUGAUGUCAGAGCUGCUGGUAGUGAGAUCCACUUUUUCGAUAAAAAUUACAUUAAAGGCUUUCAGUGGUACAGAUCUCACAUGCCUUCAACAUUAGAAGGCCAACAAACUAUAGAAAAAACCCCAUCUUAUUUCAUAACAAAAGAGGCACCGAAAAGGGUGAAUCACAUGAAUCCCUCCACUAAAUUACUUGUAGUUGUAAGAAAUCCUGUAACAAGAGCAAUAUCUGACUACACUCAGGCAGCUUCCAAAAGACCUGAGAUGGACAAAUUCGAAUCUUUGGUUUUUAUAAAUGGAACGAUAGGAAAUUUGAUUGAUACGUCAUGGGGCCCCAUUAAACUCGGAAUGUAUGCUAGAUAUCUCUCAAGGUGGUUAAAAUAUUUUCCUCUAUCUCAAUUCUUAUUUGUGAGCGGCGAAAGAUUGAUUUAUGAUCCAGCUGCUGAAUUACAUCGUGUUCAAAAUUUUUUAGGCUUGAAGCAGGUUAUCAAUGAAAAACAUUUUUAUUUUAAUGCGACAAAAGGUUUUCCUUGUCUUUUUAAGAGCGAGGGACAUAGUGCUCCACACUGCCUUGGUAAAACUAAGGGAAGAAACCAUCCAAAAGUUGAAAGAGCGGUUUUGCAAAGACUGAAAGAUUUCUAUAGACCUUUUAAUAAUAGAUUUUACCAAAUGACUGGGAUUAAUUUUGGAUGGUCGUAACUCGGUUUUUCCAUAGAUUUUGGAAAAUUAAUUAAUAUUUUCACCAUAGGAAUAUUAUGAUCUGAGUGACAUUAGUUUUUUUCAUAAGAAUUUAGUGAUAUUUAUCAGUAUUUGUUGAUUUUACAUUGUUGAAUUGUUGAUUGUUUUUAAUGUUAUUUGAAAGUAUUGAUCGUUUUAGUUGUUUGAUGACAGUUAUUUCGUUAUAAAAAAUAGUUAUGUACAAUGUAGUUAAUUUAUUAUUGGGAUAUUUACAUUUGAAUCUUGACUGAUACUUAAACUAUGUUUCGAAGAAACUCAUAGUUUAAAUACCUCAUGUACAAAUUAAACUCAUGGUUAUGUUUACAUCCAGGGUAGGCAAAAACCCAAAAUAAUCAGGUUGUUUUGAUGAUUUGCAUAGCAUUUUCUAAUUUUUUUUAAAUAAUUCAUUAAAAUUCUUUUGCGCCACUUCAAAAUUAUUUGGACAUUCAGUAUUGUUCUUGCCUCUCUUUACUUCUCAAUCGAAUUCUAUUUAACUUGUUAUUUCAGUCUUUUUUUAUUAUAAUUUGAUUUGUUUCCACAAAUUUUUUUCUCUCCAGAAUAAAAUUUUGUUAUAGCUUCUUUAUUGAGAAGCUUGAAGCCUUGCUCAACCAGGUUUUUAUAUACUAUCCUUUUUGAAUGUAAUAUUAUUAGUGACUAACGUAUACGCUUCAUAAAUACUAACUUGCUUAGUAUUACUUAGAAGUUAAUUUUAAUUUAUUUAAAAAAUAAAUUUAUGAAUGAAAAUGAGUAUCUUAGAUGAAAGGAAAUUCAAUUAAAAACAAUGUUUCUUCAGGCAAUAAAUGAAUACCAUAAUU